AUGUUUUACUCACAUAUGCUUCUAUCAAAGAAGGGGCCUUUAGGCACAGUAUGGUUUGCUGCUCAUUGCCACAAAAGGCUCAAGAAAGAUCCAGUUAAACAGACUGAUAUCAUCUCUUGUGUGGAUAAGAUUUUGCUAGAUGAAGUUCCGGUGCUCACAUAUCGAAUCUUAGCAUUCCUUCUUUUGGGUGUUGUGAGAAUAUACUCGAAAAAAGUUGAGUAUCUGUUCCAUGACUGCCAAGGUGUUGUGGCUAAACUCAAUGAUUUUAAUGUUGGCAAAAGGAAAGGUGUAAGUAUUGGAGGUAUACGCACACCUCAUUGUACUAUCACUUUUCCUAAGAGAUUUGAACUUGAUGCUUUUGACCUAGAAUUUAUGGAAUGUCAAGAUGUAAGCAAUGGAAAUGUGGGAUCAUAUGAAGACAUCACGCUUGCUGAUGGAUUGACGAAGGAGGGAAACACAGUAGACUAUCUUGAUGAGGAUCAUCAUGAGGGGAAUAUUUCAUUUUCUGAAGCUUAUUGGUCUGCUUAUACUCCAGUCAGAGAUGUGUUCUCGCCACGCCCUGUGGAUGAACAAUUGGUUGUAAACCCAUCGCAUAAUAUGAGGAACUCAGUGGCGAGCGUGGAGAUUUUUUGUGGGACCGAGUUCUUUUUAGAAGAUCGUCUGGAUCCUUUGGUAGUGGGCGAGGCUGAAAAUGAAUGGGGCCAUGAUAGACUAUCUGAUAAAGAGCACGAGAUGGCAAAAGAGCAUAUGGAGUAUCCGAUGAGUAAAUGGAACUCACGAGAAGAGGAAUCACUUAAUCUUUCUAGGUCAUUUUAUGAAAAUGAGGCACUAGAUGUAGAGCACACGAGACUUCCAGAAAUUACCGUCUCAGAUAGCAGAAGAUGUCGGAAGAUAGAAGAAUGUUCAACAUCCAUUGCGUUUGAUGUGACUUCAGACUCGAAGGAUCCUGGUGGCGCUGCUACACCGCAGAUUAUGGCUGUUCACACUCCAGCUCCAAAGGAGCGUGUGAAAGUUUUGAAGAAGCGGAAGUCUUCAUUUGACAGAACCAUGGCGGUAUCUAACAAGAUGUUCAAACAAUGGAUAGAUGAUGCAAGUAACUUGAUAUGUAAGAGAAAGAAUGUUCCUCGUACCAUUUUACAUGCAUGGAGAGCUCACAAACUUUCUAAUCUCCCUCAGACUUUCUUGGAUCAUCUAUUUUCGGGUAUCUCAUUAGAUCUUCGAUCACUUGAAUGCAAAAAGAUAUUGCUAACCAAUCCAUUUGAAGAUGAUGAAAUAUUUGCAAGUCAAGAUGAGGCAAGAUCAUCUAUUACACCAAAAUCUCGAGAACAAACUCCAAUUGCUCCCACAACUACAGUUACUCAUCCAACCUCACUGAGAGCGCAGGAGAGAGAAGAAAUUUUUGACAUUUUGGAACCUUCAAGCUCAAAUAAUGGAAUGCCGGAGGAGGUUUAUUCUCUAAGUGAAGACCUGGAGUUGAAUGUUACUCCAGUGGAUGAGGAAAUAGAUUCAUCUAAAGGAACUGGCCAAACUGGCAAGGAAAAAAAUGUACUUUCUGAGCGAACAAAAACUAUUGCAAGAAAUCUGUAUGGGAACUUUGUUAGGAGGAAGAGAUGCAAUGAGGAUGCUGCAGUGAAAUUGUCGCAGGUUGUCGAAGGAAAAACCAAGAAAGAAAGUGCUAGGCUAUUCUAUGAAGCACUGAUUUUGAAAACAAGGAACUGCAUAGAUGUGAGGCAGGAAAAUCCGUAUGAUGACAUAUCUCUGAUUGAGACUCCUGGACUGAGGCAGUUGUUUGAACCUGAAGGAGUAGCUCUGCUCUAA